AUGGAUAGGAGAUCCGACAAACCGGAAACGAGAAUCACAUUUAGUCAAUUUGAGAAGAACGACGAAGAUUGCUUUUAUUUUAUAAUUGACAAAUUUAAAUAUGGAAUGUACAAUGAGAAGGACAACAUUGUGAGAAACAAGGAUAAUAAAGAGAUGACUGGGUCAUCGGCGUUGUUGAAACGCCGCUCGAAACCGCCUUCGAGCAACUUGAGGCUGAGACGCCUCACUCAGGCAUACCUUCAACCGACUGAAGAGCCGAAGCAUCCAACUACGACGGUUUCGAAAAUCGAUCAGAUUUAUGAUAUAACACAAGAGCUGAUUGUUCAAUGCCAAAGUGUCACCAGUGGGCUGUUUCCGAGGUAUUCGAAAAAUCGCGAUGUUGGAUAUGUGAAGGAUAGCAUUUAUUGUGCGAUGGCGUGCUGGGCUUGCUCGGUUGCUUACAAGCGGCUUGAUGAUGAUCGCGGUCGGCAGACAGAGCUGAGGCAAACCGCGGUGAAAACGAUGCGAGGAAUUCUGUUCAGCUGGAUGCAGCAGACGAGGCAACUUGAUCAGUUCAAAUCGCAAAACUCGUCGGAAUACGCGCUUCACGCAAGAUUCGAUCUCGCCUCUGGUAUGGUGCUCCAAUCGGCGCACAAUCAUCACUACGGCCAUUUGCAAAUGGAUCUCGCGGCGCUUUACCUGCUCACACUUGUUCAGAUGAUCAGCGCCGGCGUCAAAGUCAUCUACACACAUCACGAGGUGAAUUUCAUUCAAAAUUUGGUGUUCUACAUUGAGCGCACGUAUCGCACACCCGAUUUUGGGAUGUGGGAGCGCGGAACGCGAUAUAACAACGGGAAGCCGGAAUUGCAUGCGAGCAGCCUCGGAACCGUGAAAGCUGCAUUGGAGGCGAUCAAUGGUUUCAAUCUCUACGGAAGCAAUGGCACAUCGGCUUCGGUGAUCUACGUCGACAUUGACGGACACAAUCGCAAUCGGACGACACUUGAGACGAUCCUUCCACGCGAAAGCAACUCGAAGAACACGGACGCGUCGCUUUUGCUGACGGUUGGUUGGCCGGCGUUCGCCACGCACGACGAGGAUUUGUUCGAGAAAACGAUGAAGAAAUGCGUUCGACGAUUGGAAGGACGAUUCGGGCUGCGGCGAUUUCAUCGCGACGGCUAUCGAACCGAACUUGAGGACAACAGUCGAUGCUUCUAUGAGGAGCACGAGACGGCACAAUUCCAGAGUGUCGAAUCGCAAUUCCCAAUGUUUUUUGCUUGUAUUGCUUUGACGGCGUACAUUCGCGGGAAUCAAGAGUAUGGGGAUAUUUAUUGGAAGAAACUGCAAAAAGUUUUGGUUGCCGAUGAUUCAAUUCCUGGCGGUUAUGUGGUUCCCGAAUGCUAUUGCGUCGAUGAGCUCUACAUGGACAAAGAGCGUGCGCAGCCGAACAGCACCGAACUCUAUGCGUUGAGCCAUCAAGAAUUUGGCCAUCAUCUUUGGAGCAACGCCCUCUACAUUAUACUAAUGCUCAAACGAGAAGGAUUGAUCCAUAGCGGCGAUAUUGAUCCAAUCAAUCGGCAUUUGCCGGCUAGUCAGCGUCCGAAAAUGUUCAAUCGACAUUCGGCGUUUCAGGGGAGUAUGGAAGGCGAUCCUGUAGUUCAAGUGGCGUUGAUCUCCGAAUCUCCACGACUUCAAAUGAUGCUUUCCACGUAUGGCAUCACCACUCAGACGCCACACGAGGUUGAGCCAAUUCAAAUUUGGCCGAGUUGGCGAAUGGUGAAAGUGUUCGAAUGUCUUGGGCGAGACAAAAAGCUCGAAUUGAGCGGAAGGCCACCGAGACCGUUCGGACCAUUGAGCACGUCGAAAGUGUUUCGCGUUUUCGGCGACACUGUCCUCUGCUAUCCGCUGCUAUUCGAGGUCAAAGAUUUUUAUGUGAGCUCGGAUCCGGCGGUAUUGAUUGAUGACAUUAAGAGGGAUAUCGAAUUUGUGGCAAGACGAUGGAAGUUGGCCGGACGGCCGACACUUUGUGUGGUUCUACGCGAGGAGAAUGUCGCUGGCGAGUAUUUCGAUCAUAUUCUUGAUCUUCUUGUCCAACUCAAAAAUGGGCACAUCAACGGUGUGCGUGUGAGAUUGGGCCGAGUUCACGUAAGUCAACUGUUGAAUUCCUGCUGCAUCGAGCAUAUCGAUUUUGCCAAUUCGGAUGAUCUCGAGUUUGACAUUGACAUUCUUGAGGAGACGCACGAGAACUCGCAGAUAUUCUCGAGGUUGAGUUUGAAGGAAGGCAUCGAUGAUGAGCAAACUGUUGAGAAGGAUUUGGCGAGUAAAACUGAUCACGAACUGUAUGAAAUUAUUGUUCGAGAUGAUAUGGAACGACCACGAAUGCUAGCAUUUGCAAUUUGGACGCUGUGGUCGAGAACGAAUAUGGAUAUUCUUGUUCAUAACUUGACGCUAAAAGAGCGAAUGGAAAAGGUUUAUCGGAGAUGCUGUCAACUCAGAUUAUGGUGGCUGGUGCGGUAUUGUGCUGGACGAUUGAGAAAAUCGAUGAACUCGUUGGCGCCGGCAAUCACCAAUAUGUUGGUUCGAGGCAAACAAAUAACUAUUGGCGAUCGGAGUAAAGGAACGCGAGAGGAAUGCAUUCAGAAGCCGAUCGCGCCGAAUGAGCUCAACAACUUUUUGUUCGAAUGCUGUCCGCCGGGUGAGCCGCAAGUUGCCGUGUUCCAUAUGGAAUUGAUAAUUGCGUGCUCCGAUUUGAUGUCCCACAAUCCAGCGGCAUUCGAUGGUGUCCUCACAAUUCGCCUCUCAUGGCUUUCGGACGCCAUCAGCAUGCUGCUCAAUUAUGUGCGAACAACUAGCGUUCUUCAUAUUCCGGGAAUUCGUCAUAGUACACCGCCGACGCCCGGAACCACCGGGAUUCCGACAGAAUUCAAAAAGAAUUGUAUAUACGAUUUGUCGCCGACGGUUGUCAAAGAUGUCGUCACCGCGCUGAUGACGAGAACGAAUUGGCACCUAUUGUAUGACGCCCGAAAUAUUUGGUUUGGUGGGAUUUUUAAUUAA